GAGAGGGGCGGAGCUGUUAACUGAUCACCACCUGUUGGUGAGUUGGCUCCGAUGGUGGGGGAAGAUGCCGGUCCGACGUGGCAGGCCCAAACGUAUUGUGAGGGUCUGCUGGGAACGUCUGGCGGAAUCCACUGUCAGAAGGAGUUUCAACUCCCACCUCCGACAGAACUGUGCUCAUGUUCCUGAGGAGGCGGGGGACAUCGAGUCCAAGUGGACCAUGUUCCGCGCCUCCAUUGCUGAGGUGGCCAACCGGAGCUGUGGCCGUAAGGUGGUUGGUGCCUGUCGUGGCGGCAAUCCCCGAGGGAUGCCGUCAAGCUGAAGAAGGAGUCCUAUCGGGCCUUUAUGGCCUGUGGGACUCCUGAGGCAGCUGAUGGGUACUGGCUGGCCAAGCCUGCAGCUUUGGUGGUCGCUGAAGCAAAAACUCGGGCAUGGGAGGAGUUUGGUGAGACCAUGGAGAAAGACUUCCGGACAGCUUCGAGGAAAUUCUGGUCCACCAUCCGGCGUCUCAGUAGGGGGAAGCAGUGCACCAUCAACACUGUGUAUAGUGGGGAUGGGGCGCUGCUGACCUCGACUCGGGACGUUGUGAGCCGGUGGGGAGAAUACUUCGAAGACCUCCUCAAUUCCACCGACACACAUUCCCAUGAGGGAGCAGAGUCUGGGUUCUCUGAGGCGGGCUCUCCUAUCUCUGGGGUUGAGGUCACCGAGGUUGUUAAAAAGCUCCUCGGUGGCAAGGCCCCGGGGGUGGAUGAGAUUCGUCCGGAGUUCCUCAAGGAUCUAGAUGUAGGGCUGUCCUGGUUAACACGCCUCUGCAACAUUGCCUCUGGAUUGGCAGACUGGGGUGAUGGUCCCCCUGAGGGUGUGUUCCAACUACAGGGGGAUCACACUCCUCAGCCUCCCAAGUAAGGUCUAUUCAGGGGUGCUGGAGAGGAGGGUCCGUCGGGAAGUUGAAUCGCAGAUUCAGGAGGAGCAGUGUGGUUUUGGUCCUGGCCGUGGAACAAUGGACCAGCUCUACACCCUUUGCAGGGUCCUCGAGGGUGCAUGGGAGUUCGCCCAAACAGUCUACAUGUGGAAGGGUGAAAGCGUUCGACCGUGUCCCUCGGGGGGGUCAUGUGGGGGGUGCUUCGGGAGUAUGGGGUACCGAACCCCCUGAUACGGGCUGUUCGGUCCCUGUACGACCGGAGUCAGAGUUUGGUCCGCAUAUCCGGCAGUAAGUCGGACUCGUUUCCGGUGAGGGUUGGACUCUGCCAAGGCUGCCCAUUGUCACCGAUUCUGUUUAGAACUUUUAUGGACAGACUUUCUAGGUGCAGCCAAGGCGUAGAGGGGGUCUGGUUUGGUGGCCUCAGUAUUGCAGUAUUGCAGAUGAUUUGGUUCUGUUGGCUUCAUCAAGCCGUGACCUUCAACUCUCAUUGGAGCAGUUCGCAGCUGAGUGUGAAGGGGCUGGGAUGAGAAUCAGCACCUCCAAAUCUGAGACCAUGGUCCUCAGUCGGAAAAGGGUGGCGUGCCCUCUCCAGGUCGGGGAUGAGAUCCUGCCCCAAGUGGAGGAAUUCAAGUAUCUUGGGCUCUUGUUCACGAGUGAGUGAAGAAUGGAACGGGAUAUCGACAGGCGGAUCGGUGCAGCGUCUGCAGUGAGAGUUUGUAUCGGUCUGUUGUGGUAAAGAAGGAGCUAAGGCGAAAGGCGAAGCUUUCGAUUUACCGGUCGAUCUACGUUCCUACCUUCACCUCUGGUCACGAGGUGUGGGUUGUGACCGAAAGAACAAGAUUCCGGAUACAAGCGGCCGAAAUAUCUAUCCCUUAGAGAUAGGGUGAGAAGCUCGGUCAUCCGGGAGGAUCUCAGAGUAGAGCCGCUGCUCCUCCACAUCGAGAGGAGCCAGAUGAGGUGGCUGGGGCAUCUGAUUCGGAUGCCUCCCGAACGCCUCCCUGGUGAGGUGUUCCGGGCACGUCUCACCGGGAGGGGACCCCGGGGACGACCCAGGACACGCUGGAGAGACUACAUCCUUCGGUUGGCCUGGGAACGCCUCGGGAUCUCCCCGGAAGAGCUGGAUGAAGUGGCUGGGGAGAGGGAAGUCUGGGCGUCCCUGCUAAAGCUACCGUUCCGGCGCCCCGACCUCGGAUGAGCGGCCUCACAAUGGGGGGAUCCAAAAGUAAGCCCAAGGAGGCUGGUCCACGCACCAUCAGCCUCAAUGCCAACCUCAGCUCUGGGGGAGGGGCUGGCGGUCACCACUUGAACUCUGCUCAGCAGUCCUCAACUCCCAGUCGUAGCGCCAAUGUGGAGGGAGGCCUCGCUGGCAACCAUUCCAUGAGUCAUAAGGCCGAACUGUCCCUGUUUGGUGGCGUGGACAGCAGUAGCCACAACUCCUCCUCAAGUAGAAUCACACUCGCAGGAGGCGUAACAACCUUCGUGGCAUUGUAUGACUACGAGUCUCGAACAGCCUCUGAUUUGUCAUUCAGAAAGAGAGAACGCAUCCAGAUUGUCAACAACACGAGGAAGAUGAACUGCAGAGAGGGUGACUGGUGGCUGGCACGCUCCCUGAUCACCGGAGAGAGCGGAUAUAUUCCCAGCAAUUACGUGGCUCCGUCCGACUCCAUCCAAGCAGAAGAUCAUCUCAGACUGACUGCAGAGUCCAGGUGGUACUUUGGCAAGAUCACCCGUCGUGACUCAGAGAGACUGCUGCUCAGUUUGGAGAACAGAAGAGGAACAUUCCUUGUGAGAGAGAGCGAGACCACCAAAGGUGCCUAUUGUUUGUCUGUGCUGGACUACGACAACACCAAGGGGCUGAAUGUGAAACACUACAAGAUCAGGAAGUUGGACAGCGGCGGCUUUUACAUUACAUCUCGCACGCAGUUUAGCACUCUGCAGCAGCUUGUCAGUCACUAUCACAAACAUGCUGAUGGGCUGUGUCACAGUCUUACUGACAUCUGUCCAGUGCUGAAGCCUCAGACUCAGGGCUUAGCCAAGGAUGCCUGGGAGAUCCCCAGGGAGUCUCUUCGUCUAGAUCUCAAGCUCGGACAGGGCUGCUUUGGAGAAGUUUGGAUGGGAACAUGGAACGGUACAACCCGAGUGGCAAUCAAGACUCUGAAACCUGGCACCAUGUCCCCGGAAGCCUUCCUGCAGGAGGCCCAGGUCAUGAAGAAGCUGAGGCAUGAAAAGCUGGUUCAGCUAUAUGCCGUGGUGUCAGAGGAGCCCAUCUACAUCGUCACUGAGUACAUGGGAAAAGGUAGUUUACUGGAUUUCCUGAAAGGUGAAAUGGGCAAGAUGCUCCGCCUCCCUCAGCUGGUGGACAUGGCGUCACAGAUUGCUUCAGGGAUGGCUUAUGUGGAGAGGAUGAACUACGUGCACAGAGACCUGAGAGCUGCCAACAUCCUGGUGGGAGAUAACCUGGUUUGUAAAGUGGCGGAUUUUGGCCUGGCUCGCCUCAUCGAGGAUAACGAAUACACAGCCAGACAAGGAGCCAAGUUCCCCAUCAAGUGGACAGCUCCCGAGGCGGCUCACUACGGACGCUUCACCAUUAAAUCCGACGUAUGGUCAUUUGGGAUCCUGCUGACCGAACUGGCUACCAAAGGAAGAGUGCCAUAUCCAGGUAUGGUGAACCGGGAGGUUCUGGACCAGGUGGAGCGCGGUUACAGGAUGCCGUGUCCGGCAGAGUGCCCGGAAUCUAUGCACGAGCUGAUGCUGACCUGCUGGAGGAAAGAGCCCGAGGAGAGGCCUACUUUUGAGUAUCUGCAAGGCUUCCUAGAGGAUUACUUCACCUCUACCGAGCCUCAGUACCAGCCUGGGGAGAACUUGUGAGGAAGUGGGCACAUAGGAAACAUCAAACUGGGAUCAAAGGGUGACAAGAGGCAACAUUUCAAUCCAAUCAACAGCAACUUCCAGUCUUGUCCAAAGCGACUGCCACGAAGAACACUGUGCUCCAAAGGAGGGCUUCUUCUGUGCUCUUUUCUCAUACACCUUUGUUUUUUGUGUUACCUCGGACGUUUGCCCUCUUUUCCAAUACUGGUGGUGUUGAUGUAAAAUAAACAUUUUGGGAUAAAGUGGCACGAAUAAUUUUUCCUCCAUUAUCUGUUGAACGUUGACUUGUUGUCUUCCAUUUUUAUUCUGAUAAUCAAACUGCCAUCAGCUGGGUCGAGGUCAGCUGCAAACCUUUUGCUUACUUUUAUGAUUUUCGUGUGGCUGACACCGUGCAACUGGAAGCGGGUUCUGUCUCAAAUCAAUUGUGAAAAAACAAAUGGCUACUGAUUUAGUUCAUCUCAGGAUGGAAAAGAGCAGAAUUUUGCUGCAAAAAUGUUUGCACCAAUGACAUUUUUCUACUCCCGUCCACUGUGCAAAGGUACUCUUCUAAUAUGGUAUAACUGUUACCGAUGUCAAGCAUUUGAAUUAAAAGCAGGCGAGUCUUCAUUUAUGUUUGCCUAAUUUUUUAGCCCGUUCCAUUUUGUGUGCUUUUGAAGCACUACUAUACACUGGAAUUCAUGACGCUUAUACUAUCUUCCCAAGAUUACCAUUGAUCAUGUGUUUAUGCCUCAGAUUAGUUUGGAGGUGGUGAGCAGCAAGCCCUUCCAAACACUUUAUGCAUGGCAAAUAAUUUGGCAUCUUGAAUUAAAUGCAAUUGUAAAUAUACUGCAUGUUUAUAAUUUGUAUAUAUACAUAUAUAAUCUUCAUAAUUUAUUUCUUUUAAAAAUAACCCUUUUUACGUUUAGCAUUACAUAAUUGCGGCAAAGCUCAGCCACACAGAAAAGAAAAAAAUAGCAAAAUGACAAGAAAAAAGCAUGUGAAGUUAAUAAAAUCUUAGAUGCAAGAAUUAUAUAUUUUUACCACAAUACAUUUUAAAGGGGCGUGGAAUCAAUGUAAUAAGGGGGGGGGGGGGGGGAGUUUGUUCUAAGGGAUGACAGUCUUAACAUGUAGUAAGCAUAAAUGGGUACCUAUAUUUUCUUGCAAUAUUGCAAUGUUUUUCCUCAUAUUAGUUUUCUUAUAAUAAUAUGACUUUAUUCUGUUCUAUUCCCCCCCCCCCCCCCCCCCCCACUGUGGCCACUCAAUACCCCGUCAUCCAUAAUCAACUUUAACCUUUCCAGUACUUUUCUGAGUUAUAUCACGUCUAAUGAUACGCUUACGAUGAAAAUACUUUUGCAUUGCAGGUAUGAUUAUUUAUGCAUGUAUUUCUGUGAUACCUUUGGGUUGUUUUAGGAGACAAACAGCUGUACUGACCCUGCAGCAGCUGUACAUGUUUACAUGUUGAUUAGGUUCUGAAUCAUUCUGGUGAUCCAUGAACCGGUGGUACGCACGGUUGCUAUAGCAACAUAAAGGUUGAAGAGCAGUUGUAACAUCUUCUAAGCCCUGUGAACUUGUUUGGUUAUUUAGCAUUACCUUGUGUUUUUAUGAGCAAAAAUGUUGAAAUAAACAUGCAUAAAAAGGGCCAUAUUGCAAGUAUGCUGCCUUGUCAACAAGCCAAGGACAGUUCCUGUGGCGUUCUGUUGGUCUUCUCUUCGACUAUGCAGAGGUUGUAUGUAUGUGUGUGUGUAUAUAUAUAUAUAUAUAUAUAUAUAUAUGGUGAUACUGCUGUGGUACAUACUCUUUUCUACUGUAUUCAAUGGGAAUGAUGAGAUUAUAGCUUUUUGAUAAAUUCUCCUGAAUAUUGUUAAAAUGUUUGAAGUUUGCUUGAAUAAAAAAAAAUAAUAAUAAUUCAUA